AUGAGGGCUUCCUCACUGUCUAGGCCUGCGACGGCAAUUGCUGUGUCUGCUCUUCUCAGCACUUGGCAAUUACCGACCGUCAAUGCAUUCACAGCUACGCCCGUCUCGCAGCCCAACCUUGAUCUAUCACCGUUAGGAAGAGUCGCGCUGACCGGCAACUUCGACUCAAUACAAAUAUAUUCAUAUCUAGAAGAAACGGAAUCCUCUCCUUCGACCAAUGGCUCUCAGUCCUUACUCACAACCCUUCCUAAUGGGGACAUCACCACUUUAUUGUCCGCCGACGCAGAUAUUUUAGCAAUGUGUUCGUGGACGCGUAAAAAUGGAACUUUUGAAGGCGUUGUCGUUGGCGGUAAUUUCACAAGUUUAGGAGGCAUUGAAGCCGAAGGCCUGGCAUUGUACGACCCGACGUCAAACAGCGUGCGGAAUAUAUCUGGGCUGUCCGGUGUUGUGCAGGCUUUACUGUGUGACCAAGAUUCCGAUUCGGUCUAUGUUGGUGGAGAUUACACUGUUGACAAUUCGACGAACGCGAUGAUUUGGAACGGUACCACUGGCUGGCAAGCGCUUCCCUUCGAGGGUUUUAAUGGCCCUGUUUCGUCCAUCGUCAAGAAUUCAGAAGGACAUAUCAUUUUUGGUGGCAAGUUCGAUAGCUUAGGCAAUGUGUCAACGUCGACCGCGACAAACAGCUCUCAGGUGGUGAACUUAUCCACGGCCAACAUUACGAGCGAUGCCCAGACAAGUCUUUCUGGCUUUAUCGAUCCUCGUAAUAUCAUUUGCAAAACAGGCGAUGCAGACAGCUCUGGUAAUACUUGGCUACUCGCAGACUAUUCUCCUGGUUUUUGGGAGGCGCAAAUGGGCUUCACUUUCUACCCGAGCAAGAUUCGCUUAUACAACACCCAUUAUCAGGGAAGAGGCACCCAGUCCUUCCGCUUCCAAGCUUUGCCAGAUACAGGCAUCAUGAACCUGACUUAUACUGACCCAUCGACUGGCCAAAAGGCAUUCUGCGACUUUGAAUGUCCCCUUUCUAAUGAUACGUCGGAAAUUUACCGCGAUUUCGAAUUGGUCAAUCCUGUUGGCAUGUCUGGAUUCAUGAUCCAGGUCAUGAGCUGGUAUGGCCAAGGUGCUGGUCUUGAUGGCAUUGAGAUCUUUCAGUCUCAAGUAUUCACAUAUGCUGUCAACGACUUUAAUGAGCCAGCAUGCACUGGCAUUGAGUUUCCGGCUACCUCCAACACAACAGGUACCUGGGCAGUGACAUCCGCUGGCGCCUCAACUGACUACCUGAUUGCCAAUGCUUCUCAGUCUGAUGUUUCAGUCACCUUCAAGCCCGAUAUUCCUCAGUCUGGUAACUACUCAGUCCUUCUGUACACCCCUGGCUGCUCGGAUGCGGACUCCUGCUCAUCUCGGGGCAUUGUCAACGUCUCAGCGACUUUCACGUCGACUGAGCCAAGCGCGAACCUCGACACGUCGAUAAUUUACCAAACUAAUGACUUUGAGAAAUAUGACACCAUCUAUUCCGGCUACAUUGAGGCAAAUAGCGACAGUUUCCGGUCGGAGAUUACCGUCACCCCAGUCGCAGGACAAGGCGAUAUUCAAAUUGUGGCAUCUCGUGUAGGAUUUCACCUACUUAACUCUACUACCGGAAACCUUAAUGGUCUUUUUGACUACGACCCCUCGAAUGUGACAGACACCGACUUCUCGUCCGACAGUAUCGAUACCAUUGGAUCCAAUCUGGAUGAUGGGGCAACUAUCUACAGCCUUGUUCAAUCUGGAGAUGUGACAUAUGCAGCAGGAAACUUUUCCAGCUCUUCCUUGAACAACAUACUAUCAUUCACAUCUAGUGGCAAUGCUACUUCCCUCAGCGAUGGUGGUUUGAACUCUUAUGUGAAGUCCUUGCUCCUGAUUGACAACACGCUUUACACGGCAGGAAACUUCACCAACACCGCCCAAGGGAGUGUGAAAGGCUUGAAUUACGUUGCCGCCUAUUCUCCGUCUAGCAAAUCCUGGUCUCCACUAGGAGCAGGUGUCAAUGGGCCUGUCACUUCUAUUUUGUCAUUUCCUUACAAUUCAACAAAUGGAACGACUGAGACAACAGUCGCAAUUAGCGGCUCUUUCGACCAGAUUUUGGCGUUUGGAUCCAAUGCAUCUAUUGAAGUAUCGGGCUUUGCCGUAUGGGUACCGUCUCAGAAGAACUGGUUACAAAACCUAGACGGUAAUUCGAUGGCCUAUCUUGGAGAAUUGAUGGCAACCGCUGAUGCUGGAAACAACACUACGAUACUUGCUGGAUCUCUUAUAUCUGAUGGCGUAUCUUCUAGAGGUGCCGUAUCUCUUACAAAUUCCGACGGCCUAGCAAUCCAGCCUCUCCCCGUGGACAUCCAAGAAGCACAGACCAGUGGCUCAGUAUCGAAACGGGAUUCAGCCGCUCAAAAUUUAUCUGAAGUCCUUGUAGGCUACUUUGAUACCAGUAGCGGAAGAAACUUGACAAUCCUCGGUGGACAAUUUACUGCCAAAGCUACUGAUGGCACCACUAUACAAAACCUUCUUUUCCUGGACGGCUCCAAAAACGAUACUGUGACAGGCCUUCCUUCUGGAGUAGACAGUAAUUCUACCUUCACCACUCUCGCGGUUUACAAAGACACUCUAUUCGCAGGCGGAUCGGUCACCGGUACUGCUGGAUCCUCAACUCUUAACGGCUUUCUAGCUUACAACCUCUCGACAUCUGAGUUUGCUUCGACACAGCCUCCGGCAUUGACUGGUCAGAAUGUUGUUGCCAACAGUAUUGUUGUUCGUCCUAGUUCGACUGAGGUCUACUUUGGCGGUGUCUUCGAUGCCGCUGGUGCCUUGCCAUGCCCUGCGGUAUGUGUAUGGGACACAUCCGAUGGCCAGUGGAGUCGACCUGGUGUAGAUAUGCAAGGCUCAGUGAUUUCGCUUCAAUGGGCCAGUGACAAUCAAUUGAUCGCUGCUGGGAAUUUGACUAUUGGCAGCAAUCAAACAAUGGUAGCCACAUACGACACUAGCUCCCAGGUGUGGUCUUCCGUUGAUGGUGCUUCACCAUCUGAGAUUCCUGGUGCGAUCAGCGCAUUCGGUCCUGCCGCUACAGAUAUUUCUUCAUAUUGGAUAGCGGGACAAGCUUCAAACGGCUCGAGCUUCUUGAUGGAGUAUGAUGGGUCCAAGUUCAACAGUGCAGGACAGCUCUUUGGCGCGUCCACAACAAUCCUCGGCUUACAAGUAGUCGGCCUAAGUACCAAUCAUAAAACUACCGAUUUAUUGAAUGACGACCAGAUUCUACUCAUUACUGGACAGCUAGUCAUUCCCAAUUUUGGAAAUGCCUCUGCCGCUCUGUACAAUGGCACUGCAUUGACGCCUUUCAUUCUUUCGUCAACUGCAGAUGGAGAAGCAGGAACUAUCCGGGAGAUGUUCACAGAGAAGCAAAAUACCUUCAGCGGUAAAACAAUUGUCUGCGCCCUCAUCGCAACUCAGUCCUGCAAAUGCACCGGUAGUAUUCGUGGUCUAUCGACGGUCGGCAUGCGAUCUCGAACAGGUUGCUUGACAUGCCGCGCUAGAAAGUUAAAGUGCGAUGAGCAGUACCAGGCAGUUGACGAUGGAGAUGGAAAAUCGAAAUUGCAAUGUACGCAAUGCCGCAAGGCAUCAAGGGAAUGUCGACCCAGCGAGGGGAUUGUGUUUCGGCAUCAGCAGAAUGCGUCGAUGAACAAUAAAGCUGUUGACGAAGAUCGUGGUCGCGAUUCUUUGAGGGGCUUUUACAAUUAUAAGAACACAUUUGGGGAGGAUAGUGUGUGGCUCGAUAUUCCGAAGAAUGUCAUCUUCGUGGAUAAUACAGAUCCUCAUGCAGAGGAACUGGAGGCAUCAAUGCUCGCAAGUGAUCGCAGUAGCCAUGAGGCAAUUGCCAAUGAAUGGAAUCAACGAAACUCAAUGUCCACCCCCAACGAUACCGCUCUGGGUCUGAAUGCCUUGUCAACUGCUGCCGCUGCACAGCAAUCAUAUUUCCUUCAGGGCUCGUCUGUGGCAUCACCUGAGACCCCCGGUCCACGCCAUGCUUCCACCAGUAGCGACCUGCGCAUCUCCUCGACUUCGACAACGCUUCAUUCCCCUAUCAAAGCUCUUAAUGCGUUGCUUCCUCCGACUUCUCCGCCAUUGUCUAUUACUUCUUCCUCUAAUAAUAAUAAUAGUAAUAAUAAUAUCAAUUUCCUACUCAAUCCUUCGGUUUCCGGUUCGCCUCCCGUCGACCAGGGCUUGUCGACAUCAAUUGGGCGCAAGGAUUCUACGUCAUAUCAUUUGGGGACGGCGAGGCAUCGAAGUGCCUUAUCAAAUGCACGACUGAGUGCGAAGGUAGAGACUGACCAUGAGGUUGCUUUUUUGUUGAGACAUUUCGCCGAGAAUCCAGGAUAUUGGAUGGACCUUUUCGAUCUUGAUUUUUAUUUUUCAUCACUGGUCCCCGUCAAAGCUCUAUCAAACCCGCUACUCAAAUACGCGGCCUGCGCCUACGCCGCAAAACAACUCAACCGAGUACGAGGCGCGAAAGCCAUCAUGGGUGGCAAUUGCUCCAAACAAGCCUCCAUGGAAUUAUGGCCCGAUGCCGAGAAUGUAGAUUGGGAAUGGUACGGCGCAAAAUACUACGAUAAGGCUAUUCAAUUACUCAUGAGAGAAUUGCAACAUGACGCUGGAAGUCCGGCACCGUUGAGUACACCCGAAGCUUUCGGGCAAUGGCAAGCCGCUGAACUGUGUGAUGAUGGUGGACGGGCGCGGAAAAGAAGGAGGCGGUUUUCGAAUAGUCGCUUUUCUAGUUCUCAUUCUGAUGAGGUUCUGGCAGCAACGGCGAUUCUUUCGGUAUACGAAUUCUUAGAUGCUACUGGCCCUGCGUGGAAUGGACACUUGAGUGGAGUGAAGUCUCUGCUUGACAUUGCGGAAAUUGGCAUGAUGCCUUUGGAACAGGGGUCUUCUCCGGCGGACGGUGUACUACCACUGAAGAGGCCAGGUUUGUCGCGCGCUCGGAGGGCAACUUUCUGGAAUUUUGCCCGACAGGAUUAUAUUUCUGCUUUCAUCAACGAAGGCCAAACACGACUAAACCCAGAAGAUUUACUCCUCUGGACCGACGCUGGACUGCAACUCGAUAGUAACGGAUUCGUUGUCCCGAGCAACACCGACGCAGAAAGUACCAUGAAGGAAGACAUGAUUUCGAAUGCGUUGAUAUGGCUUCUAUCGAAGAUUGUCAAUUUCAUCGACGCCGGUGAUCAGAUUCAAGUAUCCCCUGCCGGUGGUCCAAGCGAACAAGGCCCGAUUGGCGUCUCACAAAACACCUUGUUAGAGCGCUGGUACAGGCUACACAGUGAACUAGAUGCAUGGUACCGUGGACUUCCGGACACGUUCCAACCAUGCGCAAGGCUCGAGCCUGAUCGACGCCCACAAUUAGCCCCCGGCGUCGACGAUGACUGUCCCUUUGCCGAAGUAUGGUAUAGCAUGCCCAUGUGCGCCUCCACUAUGCAGCACUACCACAUGGCCCGAAUCAUUCUCCUUAUCAAUAAACCGCACGAAUCCACCGCUCGUCGAACGACGGUCACGAAUAGAUUAAAGUCCUAUCGCUCGAUCGAGAGUGAAAUCAGGCUUCAUAGUUAUGAAAUUUGUAAUAUUUCCAUGUCGAGGAUGGACGCUUCGUCGAGAAUUCAUUCUGUGCAGCCGCUUUUCGUCACGGGACAGUGUCUCACGGAGCCACGGGAACGGAGAACGAUUUUCAAUCUGCUAAGAGGUAUAGAGGCGGAUAUGGGUUGGGCGACGGAGUACAGGGUGAAGCAGCUGUUGAAGGAGUGGGAGUGGGACGAAGCAGCCACCAUGUCCUAA